AUGCAACCACCUAGAGAGAGUACGAUUGAUAUAUGUCAUCUUGGUACAUUAUUUGUAAUUGAUAAAAGAAGGACAGGUAGAUUCUAUCAUAAUGAUAUACUUGAAUUUGCAAGGACCUAUGCAUCACAGGCUUUAUUAAAUGGUAGGAAAGAUGAUUUUCAAUCAAAAUUUCAGGCUUAUUGUACUUUAAAAAUGUGGAACGAGAUUUCAAAAGAUAGAGAUGAAAUAUUUGUUGAAUGGUUUACAAAACUAUUCACAGAGAAUCCAAACUAUAUACAAAAAUUUGAUCAACAUAGUGAAACUUAUUUAACAAGUGAUGCUAUAAAUAAAAUGUAUCAGAUAUUAUCAAUUAAAAAUUAUUAUGGGGGUGAUUUUAGAAGUUUUCUAGAUUUAAUGCAAAGAUCUGCAGAGGAAGAAGAUUUAAUGAAAUUAGAUGAAGAUGAAUUGGACGAUGUAGUACCAGCUCAAAUUUUAAAAAACUUUUCAAAACAUUUUAUUGAUGGUUUUAAAAAAUUAAUGGUAAGCAAAUUAUUUAAUUUUAUUUCUGUUAAUAAUUUAAUUUUUUUUUUUUUUUUUUUUAUUUUAUUUUAUUUUAUUAAUAUUAUUUUGGGUAAAAAAAAAAAAAAAAUCUAUUUAAAUUUGUAUAUAUAUUGA